AGUCUGGACUGUAUAACUGACAUGAGCUGAGCUGAGGGAAACAUUUUUUAUCCCUGGGAGUUGCUCUGAAUUCAGACAGGAGCUGAGAAUGCCUCUGAGGAAUCUUGAUUGCUACAAAUUCCUGUUUCCCUUACUUUACGGAACUGCUCAUAUCCGAACACAUCUAUGGUGGGGUUGAAGCGUGGGCCGAAAUCCAGGACAGGUCAUGAUGCAGCGUCAUUCAGCCCUCAAGGCACUACAGAACAAGAGAACACAUGUCGGAGAACAUUUCCUACAGGAACACACUUCAGGCUCCAAAUUGCUCUGACACCAUUCUCACCAAGGACUCCCCCUCUGUGCUUCGGCCAUGAAGGACCGCAUAGAGGAGCUGCAUCAGCAAAUGAAAAACAAUGUCGGGCAGCAGGAGAGUAAUUACUUCACUCAAGAUGAAGAGGAUGACCCAGUGUCUUCUGUUGGCCUGCAAGCUGUGGUGUUUGAGGCUGAGCCUGUGCUGGAGAACUUCCUGGAGGAGGCCAAGCGUGUACAGGAUGGCCUUGAAGAACUGGAGGCCGAAGUGAAAAAGUUCAGCCAGCAGCAGAGGAACCUGGUGGCCACCAUGCGGCGCCUCAGUGUCAUGAAGAAGGAGAGCAGCAUCACACGGGACAUCAAGCUGCGGGCAGAGAGCCUACGCAAGAAGCUGGAUGCCCUCUCCAAGCAGGCCAAGCACUCUGAAACUGAAAUGGGCCCAUCGGCGGCUACAGCUCGCAUCCAGCAGGCCCAGCAUGCCGCACUCUUCCGCCAGUUCCAGAACGUUAUGCGGCAAUACAAUGACUCGCUUCUCAGCAAACAAGACAAGUGCAAACAGUUUAUCAUCCGCCAAUUGGAAGUGUCCGGUCGAGAAGUUUCAGAAGAAGAAGUGGAGAACAUGGUGGACCAGGGCAAGUGGGAUGUCUUCAACGAGAACAUCCUACUAGAUCUCAAGAUCACUCGCACGCAGCUGUCUGAGAUAGAACAGCGCCACAAAGAGCUGCUCACCCUGGAGAGCAACAUGAAGGACCUGAGGGACCUCUUUUUAGAUGUGUUUAUGCUUGUGGAAGAGCAAGGAGCACAAAUUGACAACAUCCAGGCAAACGUAGAGAAGACCCAGGACUAUGUAAUGGCCACUAAUGAGAAAUUUAAAAUGGCUUCCAGAUACAAGAAAAAUAACCCUCUAAGAAGACUCUGCUGCUGCUGCUGCCCUUGGAGAUGUCGGUAGCAUAAUAAAAGCAAGGCACAAUGGCUCGGUCUGAGUAAAUCCAGAAGGAAUCACUGGAAUUUAUAAAGUUAUGGCCAUUGUCUGUGAUAAAAAGCAGUGCCUCAGUCAAAUAUGAGUAACUGCAGGAGCAAGAAUGUAAAGCUGUGAGGGCUUUGUGUGGGACUGAUAUGUAGAUAAUCACAUAAAAGUCUCAUGAGGUAUUAUGAAAAAUGGAUAGCUGAAUACAAAUGAUCAUAUUUAUUAAUAUAUUUAUUCUAAGAGAGGUCUGUUUAAUUUCUACAUUAAGUUACUUCAAGGAGGUCAAACUCAUUUCACUUUCCGUUCUAAUUUUAAUGGAUUAUAGGGCUGCACGAUAUACUGAUUCUUAACUGUGCAAUUAUGAUACUGAUAUAGUAAAUGGGUGUGAUCUGCAAAUAAGCCCUCUAAUAAUCCACUAAAUUAUCUGCCUCCUUGAUUAGACUUAGAUGUUCCAAAUAUAUAUUGUUCCAGUAUAUUUAAAAUAUACUGCAAGGCGUAUCACAAUUGCAAUAUGUAGCAGUAUAAUCGCAAUAUGAUGUUUUAUCCUUAUCAUGCAACCCUAAUAUGAUGUUUAAUUUUCAGUCAAAACAGCCACAAGUACAAGUUACUCAUUUUUCAUCACCAAGAAAAAAGCAGAAAACAUAUAUUUAACAACCAAAAUAAUUAUUUUUUUCAGUUUAGUGUGUCCACAUUUGCCUUUAUUACAGAUUUUGUUGUUUUUGGGAGACUUGCCUUCAGUUUUUUUGAAGAAGUCUGCAGAGAUAUUUCCAAAUAUUUAGUCUGGCUGGAUUUUCCACUUCUCACAAACCAAAUAAACACAAACACGUUCAGGGAUGUUAAGGUCUGGAGUCUACAGUGAUCUGUCCAUUGUUUAAGAAACACCAGCAGCUUCUCUGUUUAAUCAACAAAAUUUGUUCUUUUUUUGUCUAUUUCCUUUUCAUUGUAAAUUAACAGCUACGCAUCCUUUCAGAUUCAAAGUAGAGCUUGAUUUUCUCUUCUCUUUCAGAGGUGAAAGCUUUAUGUUCUGUUUAUCUGAUGGGGACACUUUUUGUGGUCUCCCAGUUCUUGCUUUGGUCUUAGGAAUCCUAUUUGAUCCUAUUUAUCCUAUAUAUCCUAUUUAUAUCCAGUUUUGGAAACUUGCUUUUUUCGAUUUGAUUUAAAUGAUCUUACAUCUCAUCAAACGAACAACUGCUUUGACUGGAAAUUAAAUAAAUGAAGGUUGAUCCUUGAUGUUUGCACAGCACUGUAUGUGCACACAACUUUUCAUUUAGCAAUGUGUUUUCAAGAACAAAUCAACCUCAUUCAGUGUCUUUUUCUGUCAUUGUCUGUGAAGUUUCACAAUCUGUGCAAACAGACAUUAACCGCUGAUGAACUAAUGUGACUAAUAUGUGAAAAAACAACAAUAACAUGGUACAAAUAAAUGUUUCUAAAAAGGUGCACCUUUCUAGGUCGAGAUAAUGAUAAUCUAACAAUCUUAUAUAUAUCUGUAUUUGUACACAGUGAAAUUUCCAUUAUUCAUUUCGCUCAGAAGAGUGAAACUGGUAUGUCACGUGGCAGACGACGUAUUGAGGCCAGAUUAGUCAGCAGUGCAGGUGUCUAAUGUCAGGAAAAACAUUCAGAAGUGGGGAUCUGGGUGUGUCUCUCUUUCUGUCUGACACCUGUUUGGCAGGAAUCUAAGAACAACAUUGUUCAUAACAAGAGAGCAGGAUAAAAGCUAGGAUAACAUUACUGUGUUUACACAGGGGGAAUAAACCUCUGCUAUUAUUUUUUCCUUUACAAUCCCUCAUCAUUAUAAAAUAGUUCAAUACAAUUUCUAAAGCAAACUGGAUCAAAAUGAAUCAGCAUGUCUUAUUUGUUUUCUAUAUUGACUGAAGGCUAUGGAAUUUAACUGUCAAAAGCGUAUCACUAAAUCAAAGUCCAAAUGCUUCAGUGCUUGCAAUCUUAAUCAAUAGAAGCUUGAUACGCGUAGCAAAACUCUGCCACCUGUUGGUCAAGAAGUGAACUAUGUGACAGGACAGGUCAGUAGCAGCCCAGGCUUCAAGCAUUCAUACAGUUCUGGCCACCGUUAUCAUUCCUCUCUUUUUAUAUAAAAUGUACACUAUUUUCAUAAAUAAAUGGAAAUAUACCAA